AUGCUCCAUCCAAUGAAGGAGGAGGAGAGUCACGUUCCGUCCGGUUUUGAUACAAGAGAACAAGGACGCUCGGGCAAGGAGGAUGACAGAGGAAAUACACACAUUGGGGGAUCCCCACUUGAGCCCGUGAAGACCAACUCACGCGAACUUAGGGCUGAGGCGCAGGGUGCAAACGGCACGGCCUUGUUGGAAGCCGUGCCGGAGCACCUUCACUCGUUGGCACUUCGGAUUAACACAUUGAAUGAGGCGGAUCUUGUGACGAUUGCCGAAAUAGCGGAGGAAUACGCCAAACGUGGUGUAUACUCGUUACUCCCGUACACAGGGAGCAGCUGGUUUUUGCCACAGGUCCGAGAGGUGGAAGAAGGCGAAAGUCACUGGGGCAUUCAAUGUGGGGCCUACGGCAGACUCUCCGUGACGCUUGGGGGUCGCCGUUUGGUGUUGCCGGUUAUUAAUAUAUUCCUACGCAUCGGUAUGAUUGUGCUCUGUUGGUUUGCACUGUGGAAUGUCCUGCCUCAUUGGUUGGUGGAGCCAGGCGGCUAUGUGUGGGAUCCGGCCGUCGCCAUCUUCGUUUCUGCCGUAGUUGGGGGCUUGGUGUGUCGCGUGUUGCAGAUUCCUCCGCUUGUUGGCGUGCUCUGGAUUGCGAUCAUGUGGAACAAUAUCCCCUAUGAGAGCUGCUUGACGCAGGGUAUUGUGCUGCCGCUUAAAGACAUUGUGUCGAAAAUGGGGUUGACCGUCAUCAUGGCACGUACUGGCUACUCCCUCACCUUCAAGGGGAUCCGGCCGCACUGGAAGCAAAGUCUUAUGCUGGCCAUCCUUCCUUAUGCUGGCGAGGGCGUUGCACACAGCCUGAUUGCAAAUAAAAUAUUUAAUUAUGGUGAUAACUAUCAAUGGGCCUUUCUGCAGGGGAUGGUGUCUUCCAUAGUUUCCCCCGCUGUUGUGGUUCCUGGCACGCUAUAUCUGCACAAGCUUGGAUACGGUCACGGCUGUCAAGCCUUUUCCCUGCUGCUUUCUUCUGCCGGCCUGGAGGUUGUGUUUGGGGUGUGGGCAACUAAUUUUAUUAUUGGGUUGCUCUUCUAUGAUCAGAAACUUGCCUUAUCGAUUGUGUUGGGCCCCGUUCAGUUGAUUGGUGGCGGUGUCCUGGGCAUUGCUCUUGGCGUUCUUUUUUUCUACUUUGUGGAGAUUCUUAAGCACGAGGCGGAACGGCUGCCCAAUGGAAAGUAUGAGAAGGCACACUUCUACAGGACGCUAAACUUUGCCACCUUUGUUUUUCUCCUACUCGCCUUCUCCAUGGUUUUCUUGGGGUAUUCCCUCAACCUUGCCGGGGGCGGUUGCACCAUGUGCGUCUUCUUUGCAAGCGCCGUGACCCACCUAUGCAUCAAGGAUGGCAACGCGGAGCUGGAGCGGCAGCAUAAAUAUAUUGGCUCAUGGCUGGCGCUCUUUUGGGACAGUCUCGCAAUGCCCUGCCUGUUUGCCAUUGUGGGGUCAAAGAUCAGCAUUGGCUCCAUCUUCAAUAAAUAUUUUUUUCCCAAGGCUGUGGUGUGUCUCGUCUGCAGUACCGUCGUGCGUGUGGUCGUUACGUUUGUGGUUCAGCUUGGUGCCGGCAUGACUUUUUGGGAGAAGAUGCUUGUCUGUGCGGGGUGCAUCGGCAAGGCCACGGCGCAGUGUUCCAUCGGCACUAUCGCAGCAACACUCGUCGCGGAGGAAAUCGCUAACCUGGCUCCCGGUGAGCAGCCCUCGGCGGCGCUGCUACAGCGCAGGGAGUACGCGAACAACGUGCAACAGGUGGCAGCCAUGUACGUGAUGUUCAUGGCGGCAGUGGCAUCGGUCAGCCUUGUGCGUGGCGGCAUGGUGAUUCUCCCCAGGACUAAGCCGGAGAAGCGGUCACAACGCCCGCGGCCAUCGAUUGAGACUUCAAGUGUUGUGGACGACGCUGAGGAAGUUCGGAGCACUGAUGGGAACGAUGCCGCCAUAUUUAUGGAGUUGCAGGAGCGUGACCCCUACCCAACUCCCGUGGCGAGGGCAGUGUAG